ACAAGGAAGAGAAGUUCUUCUCGUCUGAUCACAUGAGUAGAUCAUUUGCUUGCAAGGGCAUUACGGUAACAUGGCUAUGUUGACAUUUGCAAGUUUGUCUCUUUUCAGAUCUGUGUUACUUGUUGUUUUGUGCCUCUGCUGCACCGGUGAUGCUCGGUUUAAAGGCUUCCGUAGAUUUGUGGAUCGGUCCGAAGCAAUACAGCAGCACACAGCCAGAACUGGACCGAAGGUGGAGGACCACUGGUUUACCCAGAGACUGGACCACUUCAACGGCGCCGACUCCCGAGUCUGGAAGCAGAGGUACUUCAUCAAUGACACUUUCUACAGACCAGGAGGGCCGGUGUUUCUGAUGAUCGGGGGAGAAGGCCCCGCAAACCCGGCCUGGAUGCAGUACGGCUCCUGGCUCACCUACGCAGAGAAGCUGGGCGCCCUGUGCUUUCUCCUGGAGCACCGGUUCUACGGCAACAGCCACCCCACCGAAGACCUCAGUACAGCAAACCUGCACUUCCUCAGUAGUCGUCAGGCGCUGGCUGACCUCGCCCACUUCCGCUCGGUCGUCGCGGCGACGCAGGGCUUGACCAAUAGCAGGUGGGUGGCCUUUGGGGGCUCCUAUCCCGGCUCUCUGGCCGCCUGGCUCCGCCUUAAGUACCCCCACCUGGUGCACGCUGCCAUAGCAACCAGCGCUCCUAUUCAUGCCACCGUCAACUUCCCAGAGUAUCUGGAGGUGGUGAGGCGUUCUCUGGCCUCUCACAGUCCUGAGUGCCCCCUGCUGGUCAAACAGGCAACCGACACCUUAAGCCAGAAGCUGAAGGACCCCCUAACCUACAGCAACAUCACCAAAGACUUCCAGUUGUGUUCUCCCCUGCAGCUGGACUCCCUAAUGGACUCCGCCCACUUCCUGGAGUCUCUGGCUGGGAACUUCAUGGAUGUGGUGCAGUACAACGAGGACAACCGCGCAUUUGAGGGCGUGGUGGGCACCAACAUCACCAUGAAGGUCCUGUGUGGCGUGAUGGCGGACGCGUCUCUGGGCGGUGUGUAUGAGCGCUACGCGGCGGUGGCGCGGCUAAUGCUACACACAUUCUCCCUGCGUUGUCUGGACGCCCGCUAUGCCAGCUACCUGCAGGACAUGGCCAACACCAGCUGGAGUGGAGCCGGGGCCGCAGGAGGAAGACAGUGGGUGUAUCAAACGUGUACAGAGUUUGGAUUUUAUCAGAGCACCGACUCUCCCAACCAGCCCUUCACUGGAUUCCCUCUUCCGUACCACUUGAAGCAGUGCUAUGACAUCUUUAACAUGAGUGCUGCAGAGCUGGAUGUGGAGGCUGCAGUGAAGGACACUAAUGAGUAUUAUGGAGGAUACGGGCUGAGGACGUCACGCGUGGUCUUCCCCAACGGCUCCAUCGACCCCUGGCACGCCUUGAGCGUCACACUCGACCUCAGCGAGCAGCUGCCCGCCAUUUUCAUCAAAGGUACAGCCCACUGUGCUAACAUGUACCCGGCGCGUGCUGAGGACCUCCCCCAGCUGGCUCUGGCGCGGGACCACGUCUUCCUGCUGCUCCAGCAGUGGCUGAAAGAGUGACGGACAUGUGUACCACCCAAUCACAGCACAGCUGGGGCUGACUGACCAGCCUGACAACCGAUUGGUCAGCCAGUUUAACGAAGAAGCGGUGAACCCUGCAAUGAUCUUCUCAUCAUGGAUCUGUGUCACGUGUGUGUGUGUGUGUGUGUGUGUGUGUGUGUGUGUGUGUGUGUGUGUGUGUGUGUGUGUGUG